UUAUAUAAACACCGUAAUUGCAUGGGUAGCUAAAUCAGCAAGAGAAAACAAAUCAAUGGAGGUGGAGAUAAUAUCCAGAGAGUGUAUCAAACCCUCUUCUCCAACACCCAAUCACCUCACAAUUUACAACAUCUCUUUCCUUGAUCAGUUCGCACCUCACAUAUAUGUUCCUAACCUUCUCUUUUACCCCCCAAACAAAGCUUCAAUCUCUGAAACAUCAAGACUCUUUAAACAAUCACUCUCAAAGACACUUACUCUUUAUUUUCCUUUGGCUGGAAAGGCCAAGGAUAGUCUUUCAAUCGAUUGCAAUGACGAGGGUGCUUGCUAUAUCAGUGCUAGAGUCAAUCGCAAUUUAAGCGAUUGUCUCAAGCAACCAACGCGCUCAACACUCUCCAACUUUCUUCCUAGCGGGAUUGUUUCUACUGAUGUAUCACCAGGAGCUUAUGUUGUUGUGAUACAGGAAACUCUGUUUUCUUGUGGUUGUAUUGCCAUAGCCUUUGUUGUUCCACACACUAUUUUGGAUGCAACUGCUUCAAGUGGAUUCAUGAAAACUUGGGCUACUAUUGCUAGACAGUCGAGUACUGGAGCUAAUUUAUUUCCCAAUUUUAGGGCCUCGUCUAUAUUUCCACAAACUAGCAUUGCAUUCCCAAAAGAUCUAACGGCUGUUAAUUUGGCAAGCGUCUACCAUAGAAAAAAUGACAAGUUUGUUUUAAAGAGGUUUGUGUUUGAUGGAUCCACCAUAACCAAACUAAAGGCAAAAGCGAUAAGCUCGGGAGUCCAGAACCCAACGCGUUCAGAGUUGGUGUUUGCGAUCCUUCUGAAGCUGAUCAUGUCUGUGUUGAAUGUAAAAUCAGGCAAACAAAAAUCAGCAUUGGCAAUAAAUGCUGUAAACUUGCGACGGAAGGCAGUGCCACCGAUCCCUGAAACUGCUGUGGGAAAUUUUAUUUGGAUGGAACCCAUAGUCUCUCAAAUUGGGGACAAGGAGUUGUGUGAUUUUGUGCACCGAAUAAGGGGAUCUGUUUCGCGUAUCAAUGGUGAAUUUGUGAAGAGCCUUGAAGGUGAUAACGGGUUUAACAUGUUUUGUGAGUCUCUGAAAGAGUUUGAUAAAUCGUGUUCUAAGGCUUUGUCGGAGGGAGCUGAACCGUUUGGGUUGAAUAGCUGGUGUAAUAUGGGGUUUUAUGAGGCCGAUUUUGGGUGGGGGAAGCCUCUAUGGAUUCCUGUUGCAAUUGGUCUUAUUGAACCACCUAAUGCAUACUCUAUCAGCCUCAUGGAUACAAGACAUGGAAAUGGAAUAGAAGCUUGGGUGGUACUGGACGAAGAAACAAUGCCUAUGCUACAACAUCACAUGGAACUCCGCUCUUUAGUCUCAAUAGAUCCACGUCCUCUACAAAUUGGAAUCAACUAGUUAGUGGAAGGCAAAAGUCUCGGCAGUUUGAAGUCCUGACGGAGCUGAUUUGUUAGGUCGUUGCACCAUCAAAACUAAUCCCCGAACCCGCCGCAAGCAGAGUAG